CACUGCGCGGCGUGUCGGUUCAAUUCUCAAGUGGUAAAUCGUGCCUCAUCUAAUCAGAAGACGCUAAACGAUCAUGAAGUGCGCGCGAGUGAGUGAGCAGGAGAGUACGACCAAAUCGACCGCCGCGCGAGUGAACCGAAAUUGUGCAAAUUUUCGCCAGAUAGGAGCAGUAAAGUCGCGAUUCUAGCCGCUGAAGGGUCGCCGCUCGAAGGGGCGUUUGUUUGCGCGCGCGUGAAAAAUAGUUUUUCGCCGGAAAAGACAGUUCGGGACGAGUGAUUUAUCGGCGUGUUUCGUGUUAUCGUUGGCGCCCCCACCCGGGGGGAUGCGUACGCGGGAGCAUAAGCAAACAAAUCGACUGUCGGAGAACAGUUUGAACGAAGUAUCAUCGCAGGGUAGAAAACGUGUGUGCACGGGAAGGUGACAAUGCGCAAACCGAUAUCGUUCGUGCCGGGCAAGAUUUGCGCAUAUAGAAGUCCAUGUGUCGUUGUCUGGCAUUAGCCGCGGCUGUAAAGCAGUGUCCCGUUCGCUGGGGUUGUGUUCGUGAACGGUAGAGAAGAUUGUUUUGUUUUAUUCGCGAAUACCCGGUGCGAGGUACAAUUUAUAUUGCACUCUAGGCGCGCUCACUCGGGCCCCCACUCAGAAGAACGAACGGCCUGCCUGCAAUUCUCAAUUAGUGCGCGCGUAUCAAUUGCGAAUGGUGGAGGUAACUUUUUGCCAACCAACGAUACACGGGAGGUACGGGAACGGACGGUUGGCUUGUUGGAGACGAUUUACACAUUGAUAAAAACGGAAAUCUUCGAUUUGAAACGUCGUGAUGAAGUGCACCUCGUGCGUCAGUAGCCGAACCAAGAGCGACGACGACGAAGACGAUUCCGCAGAGAUAGCCAGUCCCACCAGAACCAUGGACAAGAUCGAAGAGGAAUACCGCGUAGAGUCACCACCCACCGUCACGGAACUACCUUCCACCUCCAAGGGACUUCCCUCAGUUUCUAUUAUUGAAGUACCACCAGACUACCGCGGCGAGUCGUCUCGGAUAUACGAAAUCGCCCUGGAUGCACAACACAACUCCAGCCCAAGCUGCAAUUCAAAUUUACUACGACCUUUGGACGUCAUAACUGAAGAAACUAGUGAUGUCAGCGAUACCGAGAACCGGGCGCCCCCAUUAAAAAAGGAUCUCUGUUUUCCACGACCGAAAGCACGCUUCAAAAAAGCAAAAUCCCGUAACCUGUUGAAAACUCUUCUGCAACCAAAACAGGAGCAAACAACCUGCGUUUUGGUUGACGCAAAAAUCGCCGAAUCCUCCACCGAAGAAUACCGCAGCGUUUGCACUACAGAAGUGGUACCGGAAGAAAUCCUCGAAGUGGAGGUAAUCGAUCUGGGAUCAAACUCUAGCAGCCUGGCCGAUCUAACCGAGAUUGAUGACCUUGAAGAAAACACACCCGAAGCUGAGACGGCUCCCAGCGACGACGUCAACGAACCAGAGCGUGAUCAAGAUAAGAUAAACAACAACGGCACGAUUGACAGCGGCGCUAAUGAGUUCCGCAAAGCGUCGUCACCCGCACCAAACUGCGAUGAUAAUGACAAUGAAAUCGAUUUCGAAUCGAGUACAUCGGCUGAACCAUUUGCCGCAGAAGGAGAAGAUGAACAAGAACAGCUCCACAGCGAGGAAGACAACAACCGUUACGAGCACGACGCCGCCGGCUGUGGUGAGAGCAAAACAAAUGAAAUUUUCACGCAGACUCACGCAGCUACGCAGAAUGUGAAUGAUGUUGAUGAUGAUGACGAGUCCGAUGAUGAUGAUGAUUCUAGUGAGUGUCACGAAAAUGAUCGCACCGAGUCGGACCGGGACUGCAACGACGAUCGUGGCACCGCUAGUCUACUCGCGGAUGUUGAUCGUGCUGGCGUCGUGACGCAGCAGCAUCGGAAUGUCAAUGAGGUGAAAGAGUGCAACGAAGCCGAAUCGAUUGAUUGUGAUUGUGUGACUCAUCGAAGCCGUAGUGACAGUGCCGAAGAUCGUCAACCGGUGGAAGUGAUUGGUGAUACCGGCGAAGGGGUUGAACCCAUAACAAUCGAAAUGAUUGGCGAAAGUGAGCAAGUGCCAAAACCGCCGCCGCCUAUUCCUUUGCCACCGCCGCCGGCAACCGUUGCAGUGUCUACCAGAAAAACAGCUUCAGUUGCACCAUCACGACCGCCACCACCGCCGCCGCUGCCGUCUGCCGAAGAUGUGACUAAUCUGGGUCAGGACGACAUUAGCGACGGCUCUACGGUGGCGUGCGAAAAUGCUCAAAUUUAUAGUGGCAGUGAUACUGGUGAAACUAAUUCUGCAAAUGCUGAUCAGAAUAGUGCGCAAGAUAGUGUCGAUGCAGUAGUGGAAGAAGUUGCCACCGAUCGCGAAAGUGAUUCUAGUGUUCUGUUGAAGUUUCUGCAAGAGUCGCAGCCGCCACCAGCAGAAAUUAGUGUGGAAAGUCGCCCCACUUUCGACGACGAAAAACGACAGCAAAAUUUACCAACGUUGACGACGAAAAUAGAACGCACGGUGAAAAGCGACCAGUUGAAUUAUGAAAUACUUCAAGAUCAUCGCGUGCUGAGAGAAGAAACUGUGACCACUGCUGCCCACACUUCUACGGAUGAGGUGAUUUUACGGCGCAAAGGUAGUCGCCAUCAAUCCGAAUCGCAACCUAAAGAACCUUCGCCGGAACAAAAAGCCGCCCUGGUACACGAUCUACGCAACGAAAUUAGUCGCAUCAAGGACGCCGAGCUGCAGGAAGAAUUUCGCAAGCUCGAACUAGAAACGGCUCGUUUCGAAGAAGAGCUUAGCAAAUUCAGCACUAUUAUGCCGACCUCCACGUCUCAGUUCCCACCUCAGGCCGAGAACCUUACCUACUACGUUUCCAAACAAAAUGACUUCGCAGUGGAACGACCGGUUCCGCCUCGAAGUAAACCACCACCACCUGUAGCUGCUGCAGUUACACCCAAACCCUGUUACACUUCCCCUCCCUCCUCCAGUGUUGCCAAAUCUUCCUCCAACGAUCAACUCUACAACGAAUGGCAACAAAAGAUGGAAGAGCGCGAAGCGCGCCGCUUGCACAAAGUUAUCCAACUCUCCAAAGCUCCCAACGAUCCUCCCCCAACCCAGCCUAUCCCUCUUCCCGCACCUCCCCAACCAACCCCAGCCGAGUCAGAUCCCAACCAAGAAGAUGAAUUUCUCCGGAAAAUGAAAGAUCGCCGUCGGAAGUUCACCUUUCCUGCCGGUAGCGCCGACGACAGCGAUGGGGUCGCUAGUGCCCCCGCUACUCCGGUCGCCGGCCGUAAACCGGUUCCGAAACAUAUCGAGGCGGAAUUUGCCGAGUUUGCCGAAAUACGCAAACAACAGUUGCAGCGAGAGGAAACCCAUACUACGGACUCGACUAGUGCGGCUCCGAAAAACAAUGCUGCUCAAAGUCAUCUACAGCAGCAGCAGCACCAGCGGUCGCGGCAGAGCAUAAAUCAAGCGAAAAGCUUCCAACAACCUGCUUCCGCCAGCAACGGUGUCUCCGUUAAUGGCAACCACAAGAGCAGUGCUGCCAGUUUGACGACGACGACGCCUAGUAAUGGCACGACUACGGAGGAAAGCGUCAAAGUGAGUGCUCUAAUCGAAGUGCAUCAGCAGAAACAACGCGAACUGUUACGGCAGGACAGUUACAAAGCGGCUAUUAGAAAUGCUGCCAGUUCUUCGGUGGAGAAUAUUCCCAAACAAAAUGGCGCCAAUGAGGACGAAGAACCACCCGCUCCGGUGUCCGUCAGUGCCAAGUGUCAAGAGUUCGAACGUAGACUCCAGCGUAGUACCAGUUGUGACGGACGUAAACCUGCUGCGACGGCGGUCAAAAAUGGUUCUUCGUCGAGCAUAGCCAAAUCCAGUGGUGGAAGUGUGGCCAGUUUGCCUUCGGUGACUAAAAUUGGUGGUAGUGGUGGUGGUGGCAAUGGUGUUGUUGGCGGAACGACUCAACUAGCCGCGGAUAGUCAACAUCGCAUCGGCGUUUGGUCCCCACACAACCGCUCGACCGAGAUCCUCACCAAGGCAGAACUAGCCGAACGGAGCAAAGACAGCGCCAGCAAGGAACCGCUACAGCCCGUUUGGACACCGCGUAGCGCUCCUCCUUCUCCGGUCGGCGAACGACGCGAGUUCCGCCCGAUCGGAUUUGAAUCUCCAACCCCAACGCGACGCAACCUCCCACCGUCGCGUGCCGAAACGCCUCAAGUACCUGCCCCCUGGAUCACAUCGUCCGGGUACGACCGGCCGGUUGAAUUCAGUGCCACUCCGCCGGUGGCCGAAUCUCCAGCAGUUCGCACCUCCACCAGGCUAGCGUCAUCCGAGAGCGCUCGAAGUCAACUGCAUCAGCUGCAGAACUCCAACUCACUGCCCACCAUCGGACAUCGGGACCACACGCCCAUUCCGUCCCAUACGGUUCGAUUCGCGCCGCACGCCAAACCGGUGCCGGCCAGUCCGGUCAGUCCGACCAUCAAUACGAUUCUCAAGUCCAAGGAUGGCAAAGUUAGCCAGCAGGUGAGCACGUACGAGACUGGUAGCCAACAACAGCAGCAGCAUCAGUCCAAUGUCUACCAGACUUCGACUAGCCGUAGCACAGUUACUCAACAGCAUCAGCAGCAGCAGCAACAACAGCAGUAUCAACGGACCAGCAGUGGAACACGUUUGGGUGGAAGGACAUCAGAAAUAAGCACCCCGGUCAAGAUCGACUAUCUCAGCGAGCCGGAAUCGUCAGACAAUCCCCGGUGGGCGGCGAUGGCCCAGCUGUCGCCGAAGAAACUGGACGGAAUAGGACCAACAUCGCGGGAAGGGAUGCCGCUUACGCUGCGAUCCGAAGUCGACGAAAACAACCAAGCCAGAUGGUACAAAAAGAUGUAUCAAACCCUACACAAAGCACAAAAUGACGAUGACUUCGUGACUGUACGAUACAAAACACGUCGAGGCAACUUUCCCUACAAAACCAGUGGUUACCAGUCGGAGCCGGAACCGAACUACGACUCGGAUUACACCAUCAGAUAUAGCACCCUCGAUCGGAGACGAACGCCAACGGCGUUGAGUUCCGCCAAUUACUCCAAAUUCAACACCAUCCAGCACGGAUCGGCCAUCCGAUCCGGGACGCCCCAGUACCGCAAUCAGCCCGGUCGAAUCGAGAACUACACCCCCGGACGGUCGUCGAUCUCGGAGAAAGAAUCCAAAGAGUGGUGGGACGAAGUGAUGGAUAUCUUCAACGGGCAAUUGGAGCAUCAGAAACUCAGUACCAGUAAGACGUACACCGAGGGAAAUUUGUCCAGAGCCCUCAACAAGGAACAAGGCGGCUACGACAGCGACACGACGUUGAUCUUCCGCAAGAAGGAACCUCCCACCAGUGCCGCUCUGAGCCCCAUCGAACAGAAGCAGUACUACAAGAACAUGCAGGCAGGCGGUGAAAUCCCCGUUCAAGGAUUCCGCAAGCCAGCCCCGGAAAAGCCCAAAGAUGGCGACAGCGAACUCCAGGUUCAGAUUCAGGAGGUUGUCCAGGAAGUGCUUCCUACCAUGGCAACUAAUCCGUUUCUGGUUCCUCCUAAGGAGAUCACCUGCUAUCCGAUCACCAGCAUCUCACGCCCACUAGAUAUGUUUGGACCGUUCCCGAAAGAAGUUAGAUCGUUCGUGCCGGUGGCGCCACCUGCACCUCCAAAUCGAAAGUCUUCUCGUAGCAAUUCUACCUUGAGAAUUAUGUCGCAGAUUAAGACAAAAAAUUAUGAUAAGAAAACGGUGAUGGAAACAAGUAGCAGUAGCGCAGCCGGUUCGAAAACUCUCCGAAAGAUUGAUCAGUACAGAUCGAAAUCGGCUGGACCAGUUUUCGCCACUUCCUACGUGGCUUCUUCAAUCAAAGAGGAGAAAAACUUGGAAAACAGCACUCGUGUGGCUAAGCGAUACACUUAUCGGGCAAGCUCAAGCAGCCCCGUGAGAAAGGCAAGUCCAAGUCCGGUCGCUUUUGGCAGAGGAAUAUCCAAAGAAAGGACAUUUGCAGAGGAGAAAAAACGCUUGGAGCAAAAAAUGCCCAAAGUAUGCGGAAGAGAAGUGACCGUCUCCACGAGUAUACUUCGCAAUCCGGAACUCAAAUCCCCUAAUGAGGUGAAAAAGGCACUCCGCAGCUCAUAUCUGCCAUUGGUCAUUGAUAGACCUGAUCGAUUCACGACGGCUUCAAGAACUCUACGUCGCAUUUCAUCUAACUUCAAAAGCGCUUCCAGCAUCUAUUCUUCCAAACAGAGCCUCAGCAAAGCGAGCACCUCUUCCGUCGCACCAAGUAGAAAAGACGACAAAGCUCUCAAAGUUACUGUUUCCGUGACAUCUCGUGGGAAGGAACUUGUUCGCGCCUCAACUACUCAAAAACCUCAGAAACCAAAAGGCAAAACAUCGCCAACAAUCACCAUCAAAUCCAACAUUCAAAAGGUUACCAAAAGUCUCGGCCUUAAAUCAAAAACUCCAUCCACCCAGAGUUUGGCCCGCACCAACUCGACCUUCUCGAUCGAUUCAACAAACUCCAAGCGCAAAUCUCGUGCCUCAUUCAUCCCAGCAGCCUUUACAAGCAAAAAACAAUCCACCCUCGUCCCAAUAACCCGAAAAGAUCCCGUCAAACCUUCCCGAAAAUCCAAAAAGCUCGAGAGCUACAGCGAGCGCAUUGUCCAGCAGAAUGAUCUCGUCCGAACCGAUUCUUUUUUCCAGAAUCUAUUCCUGAGGAGAUCCUCUCCAGUUCCACCCGACUGCACCUCCGGAGCCGAUCCACCUCAGACCUCGGUCCGCGAGAAGGCACGCUUGUGGAACAGCUUAUCGGCGAAAUCCGAACCCUCAUUGAAACAACCGAACUACUAUCUCACUCAGGCCAGACCCGUAUCGUUAUCGAAGUUCAAAACCAUGGAUACCGGAUACGAUGCAUGCCGUAGUGAAAUGGCAACCAGUGGGACCAUCGCCGCCGGUGAGGUUAUCGAGCAGGUGCAACGCUACGAGUCGUUGAUUCAGCUCACCGACGAAGAGGAAGAGUUCGGCUACUUGCGGGGACGUAGCAUGAAGAUAGACUACAGCUACCACGAGCGCAGCAAGAGCGAGCCACCGGUGCAGACACUGAUCGCUGAGAUGGUUCAAGCGGACGGCCCAAGAACCAUUCUCGGACGGAAGUCGAUCGAGUAUUCGCAAACCACCAAACGAUCCUCCCGGUCACCUUCCUGUCGCCGCAUUCAGAACAUCAAAGGGGAAGGCAAUGUCAAAAAGAUCGUACGCGCACGUAGUCUUAGCACUACGGACCGAAGUGCGAAUCAGCACCCCGAUGAGCUGUUGCGGAGCCAUUCGAUGAACUUGGGCAGCUACGAGAGGCACGUUCCGAUUUGCCGUCACAGACGCUCGGAUCGAUUUCAGGAUUUGAACGAAUUUUAUAGUAGCUUGGAAAGGCUUGGACAGCUGGAGAAAGUUACCUCGUCCACGGACUUGCGUCCUCGGCGCAAGGAAGAGGAAAUUAUCGAUUUCGAUUUGUGGCGUAAGGUUCGCGAUCAGGAGAAAGUGGAACGAGAGAUGAAUCAGCUUUUGCAUCGGUUGAAACAGGAUCAGCGGGACAAGGAUCUACUGUUUCUGGCGCACGAUCCAGAUGAUAUUCGCUGGAAGGGUGACUUGGAUACCGGGUUGAGAAACAAGGAAAAAUCGGUGGAAGAUUUAAAAGGAGAGUUGAGCAAAAAGGUGUUGCAUUUUGAAGAAUUUACGAAGAGAGAGCUCGAUACGAAGAAGGAUCACUACAAGCCGUUAUGGAGAGGAUCAUCAGUGGUGGAUGUGGCAUCACAGAUGGCGGAAAAGUACAGCGGUUCAAUGUCGUUGGAAGCUGAUAAGCGGUACGGAAUCAGCAAUAAUCUUUUGAGUACGCUGUCAAGCGACCAGAUGAAGAAACUCAAGAGCCAGCUUAGCGAAAUAUACUGCCAAAAGGAUGAAGUGAAAAGUGUUGCUAAGGAGGAAUAUGUAAUACACGUUCCGGAGGAGCGAAGUAAAUCAGCCUCGAGUACGCUAAAGGUUAGGAGCAAUUCUGUUUUGACGAAGGACCAAGUAAACGAGACACAGUUCAGACCUCGAAUCGAGAGGGAAAGUAAGGUUGCAACCAUCCAGAAGACGUUUGAACAAAAGAACAACCAAGAUGCUCUUUGCCAGGAAUUGAAAAACAAAAUCAUGGAGAAGCACGCAAGCCACACACUGCCCAGCAUGAAGAAGAAGGAGCGACCAUCAAUUCUUCCACAGAAAGAGGAGUAUUUUUCACUUCAAACAGACUAUCGAAUGACUCAUAGCGGAAGGAAGUUUGAGGAAGCUAGCGAGGAAGUUGUCUUGCGAAAAACCAGGGCGCUAGAAAGAGAACGACCGCAUUCGUACUGCGAAACGGAGAGUGUUUCUUCGGAAACGAGCAACAGGACGGUAAUAUUUAGGAAUACAUCCGAUGAUGUGAAAAGCAAGAUCAAGUAUUUUGAAGAAAGGCGCAAAGAAGAUACGCCGGCUGUGACGGUAUACCAUGCCCGGGAGUCUUCAACGGACGACGAUGACAAUGCGAAAGUGAGCGAAGAGAGGACUAUUGAAGUCAAAACUUCUCAAGGCAUGUCACCGCUGUUGAACUCUCAAUCGUAUACAGAUUUAAAGGAUUUGUUCGGCGAGAAACCAUCCAUGGCUUACGCGUACAGCUAUCAAGAAAAUAAACAGCCUUCAAAAAACUUCACGUUUCGUUCGCGUAGCUCCACUCCAGAGUACGCGACGUGUAUUCAAACCGGAGAAGUUAAGAAGAUCAAGGAUAAGUUUGAGAGUUUAGAUGCAAACAUGUGGAAACAAACGUCAAGAGAUACGAGUCCUCGUCAGUAUCAAAGUGAUUCCGAAUUGAACCGUCCGUUUGGGGAGAGGGAAAUUGCGAAAAUCAACCGGAAGAUCACAGUCAAGCAGCAUGAAACUGGGGAUGUAACGAGGAUGACUCACAAAUACGAAGUACAAUCAUCGCGAGCUCGCAGUCGAAAAAGGAAGGAGCGGGUCCAUUCACCAAUUCCAAAAAACCCGCUUCGUAGGGAUGACCGUUUUAUGCCGCAUAUCAACGUUAUCAGCAAGACGGCAUCCCUGAAGCGGGAAAUCAAGAGUGCACGCUCUCCGCAGAGAGAGCGUUCGACGAGUGGCGGCGGCAGCGGAGCAGAGGUCGAGAAGAUCAAAAGUAAGUUUGAAACCGUGGAGAACCUGUCGAUUUUGGCCCACCAAUAUCCCAAGCCCGCGGACAAUGCACGCUCGAUCACUGCACCAGACCAGUCACCACCGGGGCAGAAGCCUGGCCGUCGACACCGCCACCGGAGCGAGAAGCUCCGCUCUUGUUCAACCUCACCGCCAAGGCACAAGGACAAACCGGACGGGACCGCUUUUCUGAAACAGUUCUACGACAUUUUCGCCGAUCAGAAAUUCGAUCCGAGUAUCCAUCGGCCCAAGUACCGCUACGUUCCGGACCGUCAGCUGAACGCGGAAUAUCUCUGGAAGAAGAUCCAGACUAUGACCGGAAAUGGCGGCGAAGGUGGUUGUACUGCUAAGGCUUCCGUCACCUUUGAAGAGUUUAGUAACGUGCCUCCAGCGCCUCCCAUGAAAGGAACGCCACUGCCCAACUCCUCCUCCCCGUACUCGAAGAGCUCAAACGAACCAGAGUCUCCCCGUCGCUACAUCGAGAGCGAUGUCAACAUCCACUACAAGACGCCCAUCCGGUACGAGUACAAGGAUGCCAUCCCGGACGAUGAGCUGGCGUACCGGCAGGCCGAACACAUGCGCCGCGUCUACCAGGAGGAACGACGCCGCAAGUACAUGCACGAGCUCGAAGAUCUGCACAACCGACGGCACACGGACAACUUCACACCCUCGCAGAAGUCACCGAUCCCGCUGAAUCGCUACGAAGACUUCGAAGCGGACCUCUCACCGAAACCGGCCGGAAACGUGCUACCGCGAACCAUCGCCCGAGCGCUGUACAACUUCCAGGGUCAGUCUGUCAGGGAAUUGUCCUUCAAAAAGGGUGACAUCAUCUACCUGCGGAGACAAGUAGACAAGAACUGGUACGAAGGGGAACACAACGCCAUGAUUGGACUCUUGCCUGCCAACUACAUUGAAAUCCUCCCACGGGAAGGUGCCAAACCCCUACCGAAGAAACCACAGCGCGAAGGGAAAGCCCGAGCCAAGUUCAACUUCACCGCACAAACGUCGGUCGAGCUGUCGCUGAUGAAAGGUGAACUGGUCACACUGACCAGACGGGUGGACGAAAAUUGGUUCGAAGGCCGAAUCGGUAACAAGAAAGGAAUUUUCCCCGUUUCGUAUGUUGAGGUCCUGACCGACAUUGGUGGCGAAGAGAGCUACGAAAUCGAACCGAUCGUGAAACCGAAUCUACAAACGAUACAAACGCAUACGCUGACGACAGGUGGAUAUGACGGUGGCUUGAGCAAUGGAAGGGCUUCCCCUGGAAUCAUUCGUGAAACGAAGACGGUUCAAAAGACGGAAGUGUUACACGUGGACACCACGAACGAACCGAUUUCCUACCGUGCCCUCUACAACUACAAACCACAAAACUCCGACGAAUUGGAACUACUUGAGGGAGACGUCGUGUACGUGCUGGAAAAGUGUGACGACGGUUGGUACGUGGGUACUUCGGCACGAACCGGUUGCUUCGGAACCUUCCCAGGAAAUUACGUGAAGAAAUUAUGAGACAAGCCCAAAUCUGCCGUUGGUAAACAGCCACCGCCGCAAUCUACCGCAGAUACAACGCACCACAGUGUCCAACAACAUCACCAUCAGUAUCAUCAUCAUCAUCAUCAACGAAGAGUUGAUCAGCCUACCGGAUCGGUAUCGUCAGCCCAGCCAUCAAGAGCAUCCGGUAGACCGCCGCCACCACCGCAGCCGGACCCAUCGUCAAACACCACAAUGAAACGGAAGGUCGAAUUCCUUGGCGUUUUCUAGGGUGCCUUAGCUUUGUGAAACAGUACAACAACAUUGAUCGAACGACCGUCACGCGGAAGGAGCCCCACAAUCUAUCUACCAAAAAGUAAUUCUAGAACCGCGUUAAAAUCGUAGGAGGCCCUGCCAAUCGGCCUUCUUUGUUGCAUAAUGUUUAAAUAGGUGAUAGCCAAACCAAAAACAAGAAAAACAACAGUUUUUUGUAGUAGAAUGCAUAUGAUUAACACGAGUAAAUGUUUGCUAGUCAUUAUCCUUCCAAAACAUGUUUGUAGAUCAAUUGAAAAAACAAAUGAAAAUGAUCAACCGUAGCCAGAAACAGCCGUUCAACCGCGUUGUUCAAAACAGAAAAAAAAACAUAUUUUUUAGCGUUGCGUCUCAUCAAAGUAUACAAGUAGAGUUUAAACCUAACUUAAAUACCAACAAUCAAGCGUGUAGAAGAUACCCGUACUAAACGUGAAAUGAAAAGCACCAUUUUUUUAAUUGAUGAUUUUAUUUAUCUUCGGAAACUAUUGUUUAUAAUUUCUUUUUACGUGUUGCGAUUAUUCAUAUUUUAUUUUUAACAUUAGUGGAAUAUAUAUGAAAAGAUGUUCUUAAUUUGUGUUAAAGAAGAAAAAACAUCACACAGGAAACUAUGUAUAAAAAGUUAAACUUUAUGCGUUGAUUUUUUGAAUGUAAAUUCAAAAAUAUUCGCAAAAUUGCCUUCCUAUCCAUUAAUAUUUAAAAUAUAAUUUACAAAUCAAAUUUUAGAAAAUUGUGCCUUUUAAUUUAUUUUUUCCUUCAAAGAAGUAUGUAUCUCAAAAUUGUUACUGAUUAUAGAUGCCUUUCGAAAAAAUGUGAACAAUCCAAUUGUGUAUGAUUUCAUAGCAGGCAGCACAUACUCCGAACAUAAACCAGAGAAAUUAAAUGUACGAAAGCCAAAGUACCACAACAAUGUCGGAAACGAAGUGCAAAAUCGCCUUUAGGAGUGAAUAAGUGAAAGGUGCCUAACAAAGUAAAAUAGAAGACUCGUUCGCAAAUCAAAAACUUGGUCGAUUAAUAACUGAUUUUGAACCCCAUGAACACGUGCGAUCGUUUUUCGCAUUCACGUUUUAAUUAUGUUUCCACCAUCCAAAAAACGUCAAACUUGAAGGAUGAUCGGAGCUGUUUUUCUUACCCGACGGAGAAUUUUCGUUGAUAUAGAUAUUUAUUUGAAUUUUAUCAUCCAUCCAGUAAGAUCAAAUUUAAUUUUGCGCGGUUUUAAAAAAGAGGAACUUUAACAUAACCACUAACUUUUAAUCGAGAACAAUGUUCUAACGUGUAAGAAUGUAAACUACCCAUUCAGUAGAACCUAUUCGCCAAUUUCUUAGCACGUGUUUUGUUUUUCCACUUAAUACGCGAUAACACCGCUACUACUCAUAACUUAUGGUAAUCGAAUCACCUACAUACACUUUGAAACACACGAACACAUACUUAAACACAAAAGGCAUACUCAGUUGUAGGUUUUUUCUUGUUUUCUUAGAGCAGUCGAACCACUUACAAACACUAUAAUUCUGUUGAAUAUAAACUUAAAAAUCAAA